AUGUAUCCAGGUAUGAUGCCAGGUAUGGGCGGUUAUCCUAUGGGUGGUAUGCCAAUGGGCGCACCGAUGGGAGCACCAAUGGGAAUGCCAAUGGGCCCACAAAGCUUCAACUUGUGGGCACUUCAACCUAUUCAAGGGAGUUGGAUGUCUAUGAAUGCUCAGUGCAUUUACCAAAUGCCUCAAGCUAUUAGAAAUACAUGGUGGUUCCCAUUAUUGAACACAAUUUCAAUGGACCAAUACCAAAGAGUGUACAUGUGGUUUAUGGGUGUAGACAGAGACAGGAGUGGGACAUUAGAAAUCAAUGAAUUGAUGCAAGGACAAUUCCCUGGAGGUAUUAGAUUGAGCCCAAGAACUGCAUUGAGGAUGAUGAGAAUCUUUGAUACUGACUUUAAUGGGCACAUCUCGUUCUAUGAGUUUAUGGCUAUGUAUAAAUUCCUUGAGAUGUCAUUCAAUUUGUUUGUCUUCAACGAUAGAAAUAGAUCAGGAACUAUGGAACCCCACGAGAUCCAACCUGCUUUACAACAAAUGGGAUUCUUCAUCCAACCAAGAACCGCUAUGUUACUCCAUCGCCUCUUUGCGAUUGGAAUGGCAGUCUGCGAUGUCAAUUGUUGGGUUGCUAUAUGUGCAUUUGCUGCUCAGUGCAGAAGUGCUUAUCAAAUGUUAUUCAUGAACCCGUACUACGGUGCGAUGAAGCCAUUCAACCCCGUCGAGUUUGGUAAAUUCCUUGACAUUGUUGCCUCGUUGUUGGAGUAA